CCUCUCCUUCAUUUUCCUUUCCCACAGUUUCUCAGCAACCAAACGGAGCAUCAACCAUUUGAAAGUUUAACUCUUGCACUCUUCAACUUCAUCAGCCGAUUCAAUUUCCUCCUCCUAAUUCAAACUCUUACAAGCGCAAAACGACGCCGAAUCUGCCUAUAUUGAAAGCAUGAAACCAAUGAGCUACAGAAGGGAGCACCGUUCCUCCAAAUCAGCUCUUUUAGAUGGUCUUGAGGAAGGUGGUCUUAGGGCCUCUUCCUCAUACUCCCGUGACAUUAAUGAGCAUGACAAUGACAAAGCCGUGCAAAGUUUACAAGACAGAGUUGUUUUUCUGAAGAGAUUAACAGGUGAUAUACAUGAAGAGGUGGAGAGUCAUAAUCGUUUGCUUGACCGAAUGGGCAAUCACAUGGAUGCAUCAAGGGGUAUAUUGUCUGGAACAAUGGAUCGGUUUAAGAUGGUAUUUGAGAAAAAAUCAAGCCGGAGAAUGUGUAGACUUGUGGCAUAUUUUGUGGUUUCCUUCUUAAUCAUAUACGUUCUCUUUAGGAUUCGCAGAAUCUUUAUGCAUAGCUGAACCAGAAUUAUAGAAAGCUCCUUUCCCAAUUUUUUAUCAGAAGAAAAAUGGUGGCCCAUAUGCAGUAACAUCAUCGGUGCAAAUGCAUCUCACUCAAACAGCGUGACAGCAUGUGAAAAUGAUUUCAGAGCUGAUCAGCAGAAAGAAAUAUUUUUCAUUUCUCAAUAUAGAGAUGUUAUGCCUGAAAGGAUUGGGCAGCUGCUGGAGGUGAGCUGCUUGUUGAAUUGUACAAGAACACAUACUGAACUUUUGUUUCUUGUUUUACAUUUUAAAAGACCUUGCACUUAGCUUUUUCUAUUGCAUGGCUUUCUGUCUCAUGGCAUCUUUCGAUUAAAGCAUCAUGCAAACUGAUCAUAAGAAGAAACCAUGCCGGCAUUCAUACAUACCAUCCUAGGGACAUACAUACAUACAUACGUACGUUCAUGCAUAUACAUACUCUUGAAUGCAGCUUGUUACAUAAGUGGAAGCGUUUAUUGUGGGGGCACAAACACAAUGGCAUGGCCUUACCUGGCUAAAAAGCUGCAUUGCUUUGUUACAGGAAAGUAUUAGAAUUCAGUUUGUUGGUUAGGGUGGGUAUUUUAUACUCUAGUGAAUGUUAUCAUGUAGUACAAACUAUUUUAGUCUGAUGGUGAUGGGUAAUUUGCCUCUGUAUCAAACUGAGCCAACUCUCAAACUUCAUGAUAUUUUUAGUCAAAGAAAAUAAUUUUAGAUGGGAAAAUUUUGAAUUCUGGAUGGACAAAGUUUUGAAGCAGCUUUGUGAUUUUCCUGAGACUCUAGUCUGUUGCAGAACUUAUCAUAUGUUAUAUACAAGCGAUAUUUGGGGAGGGAGAAGGGGGGUGGGGUACAUGGGUGAAUGAUCUUAACCAAUUGAGCUGCAAGACUAGUCAUAUUUGGAUGGCAGGUGAGCCAUAUUUGGGUUAUGGUUAUUUUAUUAGAUAAUCAGGGAAGCAAAUUGUAGGCUUGAUGGCAAGUCAACCUGGGUGCCUAUGUAGCCUCAUCCUUGUAAAUUUGGAUCUCAAAACAACUACUUUGGACCUUGGUGGCCGGCAUGUUAUUCUAAUCAAAAUAAGACUUCUCUUA